UAUGGUUAAUGAAUGUUGGUGACUUUCGACGCAGGACACAAUAUGCAUCACUUUUUGGUUGGCGGUUUAAGAAGCAACCUAAAUUCAACAUUGUGGAUCAGCAGCUGAUUCUUCGCAUUUAGUUAAAGUUUGUUGACUUCAGUCAGACUUGCCAGAUUCCGUCAUGGCGGUCGCUCACUUCCUACUACUGAGCAGUCUUGGCCUUGCCAUAACAACUUACGCUCAAAACUGCUCCCAACCUGUAGGAGAACCCAACAUGAGUUUGAAAGGCAAUGACACUCUGUUACAAACAUUCCCAAAUGGGACCAGGGUUUCUUUUGCCUGUGAUGAUGGCUACGUGAAUGCAGGGGGGUCUGCAUCCAUUACUUGUACUAAUGGCAGUUGGAGUCCUGUAAUGGUCAAAUGUGAGGUUGUGACUUGUGGUGGGCCACGUGCAAUAGCAUAUGGCAUUUUCAAUCCAAGCAAAGAAUCCUACAAUUAUGGAGAAGUUGUACACUACACUUGUGAGAGAGAUUAUGCACUCAUUGGAUCAGGAACACUGUCAUGUUCGGAUGAUGAAACUUUUAAGUGUUUUUUUUUGGUGACUUGUCCUGCGCCACCUGCAAUACAGAAUGGCAAUUACAAUCCAAUCAAAGAACCUUAUGAAUAUUUAGAAGUUGUACAGUACACUUGUGCAAGAGAUUAUACACUUAUUGGAACAAGAACACUGUCAUGUUCAGCAAAUGGAACUUUUACGCCCGAUCCACCAACAUGUACCAGGGUUUAA